CAGCGAUGAAAAGUGACGUAUUGACUGUUCCUUUUUUUUUGUAAAGAUAGAACACAAUACUGCAAGCACGAACAAAAUGUCUCUUAUUGGAAAAUAUCCAAUGUUGUGCGAUCAAUACAGCCCUGGCCGCGGAAUGCUGUCAUGUUGUGGGGCGGGCUGUCGAUUUUUCCCAUUAACAUGCAGAAAGGAAAAACAAAUUGGGGUUCUGUGCGAUUGAGCAAAACGCAGCGACUUGUGAGGCUUCGAGGACCGUGCUUCCCCCGAGUAAGCCUUGAACAGGACCAUCCUGUUGGUGAGCAGAGAUACCCCGGUGCCACUUUCCGUGACUCUGAAUUCAUAGGCGCGAAUAUAUAAGAAUCUGCUCAUCUGCCUAAAUGAACUUUUGGAGGAGGUUGGCGAAGCGGCGCCUCGGUUCGAUGCAUCUUUGUGUGUCUGUGUGUGUGUGUGUGUGUGUGUUUAACCAGAUGUUGAAGGCACCGGGGAACAUCAGUCCAAUGCACUGAAGAGCUGGAGUAUUGGCAGAGAGACAGAGAACGAGAAGAGGAGGAAGAAAAGGAGGAGGGUGAGAGGGAUACCUUAGUCCCUUCUCACAGCCAGGGCUUGGAGCUGAACUCCUCACCUCCCUGACUGAACUGAGGCAGCCUGCGGUAGGUGUAAAAUGUACGGGCAGUUCAGUCCUUUCCUGAAUGGAUUCGCCGCUUUGCUGAGAAGCUGAUCCUGCCAGUAAAUGGAGCGAUAGUUACCUCCGCCUUCCUGAAGUGUGGAUUAUACAGCUAUUGACCAACAGCAACGGGGGGUGGGGGGGUAUAUAAGAGAGGGAUUCCUUUGAUUUUUGUUAUUCAGCAAACCCCCCCACCCACCUCAUCACCCACCUUCCAUUCCCAACAACCAUGCUCUAUUUCCAGUUGGUGAUAAUGGCAGGGACUGUCAUGUUGGCUUAUUACUUCGAAUACACCGAUACUUUCAACGUCCACGUCCAGGGAUUUUUCUGCCAUGACGGCACCUACAAUAAACCGUACCCUGGACCCGAUGAAAGCAGUGCUAUUCCGCCAGUUCUCCUCUAUUCUCUUGUGGCCGGGGUUCCCCCUGUUAUGAUAAUCGUGGGAGAAGUGGCUGUAUUUUUCCUUCAAUCAGUUACUAAGGAGUUUGGAAAUCGUGAGAAGACCAUAGUAACUGGAGAUUGUUGCUACAUCAAUCCACUGGUGCGCAGAACAGUUAGGUUUCUUGGAGUUUAUGCAUUUGGACUUUUUGCCACUGAUAUAUUUGUAAAUGCUGGACAAGUGGUGACAGGAAAUCUAGCCCCCCAUUUUCUCACAGUCUGUAAACCUAAUUAUACAGCACUGGGCUGUCAGCACGAAUCUGUGCAAUUCAUCAACAGUGAAGAAGCCUGCACUGGCAACAUAGAUGCCAUUACGAAAGCCAGGAAAAGCUUUCCGUCUAAAGAGGCAGCAUUAAGUGUGUAUGCAGCAGUCUAUCUGGCAAUGUAUAUCACAUGUACUGUGAAGGCCAAUGGGACAAGACUUGCAAAACCUCUCCUCUGUUUGGGCCUCAUGUGCUUGGCAUUUCUGACUGGAAUAAACAGGGUAGCAGAAUAUCGAAACCACUGGUCAGAUGUUGUAGCAGGAUUCAUCAUAGGAACAGCUGUAGGAGUGUUCUUGGUUGCAUGUGUGGUACAUAACUUUAAGGGAAGAAAUACAGUAAAUGAAAAACUACAGCCUGACAACGUGAUGGAGAUCCCUUUGAUCACUCUACCACAUGUGGAAAGUCCAUUAGGAAAACUAAGUGCUGUACAGUCAUAUAAGAUAUUGACAUCGCAAGACCAGCAUUUAUUACCCAUCCCUAGUUGAUACUGAGAAGGUGAUGGUGGAUCUUCUUGAAUUGCUCCAGUCCAUAUGAUGAUGGUGUUCCAGCAGUGCUGUUAGGUAUCAAGUUCCAGGACUGUGACCCAACAACAAUGAAGGAAUGAUGAUAAAUUCUGAUGUCGGGAUGGUUUGUAACUUGAAGAUGAUCGUGUAACCAUGCAUUGACUGUCAUUGAAGUCAUGGAGGUCAUAGUUCAGGAAGCACUGUUAAAGAAACCUUUGUGAGUUGUGUUGCAAAUACAUCCUGUAGAUAGCACCUAUGGUAUGCCAGUGGUGGACUGGUGGACAAAGUGCCAAUCAAGUGGACUUUUCUGUCUAUUUUCUGGUCAAUCUAUUUUCAGUGCUGCUGUCAAGCUCAAAACUAUGGACUAUGUGACACAUUUACAAAAUCAAUGUACCUUAAGAGCUUUUGGUCUAACGUAGUUGUGUAAGCAAAAUAUUCACAAAGCAACAAAAUAAAAACUCCAUUAGAGAUUUUUCACAUUCUUGUCGAUGUAAUCAACUGUGUCACUCAAACAUAAAAAAAUUUUACCGAAUGGAGGGGAAGCAAUUUAACAUACUUCUCUAUCAUAGCCAGAGAUAUUCCUCAGAAACUCCAUUUCCUGUUUUAUAAAGAGUACCAUCCAGCUGUUUCUGCUUAUCUACAAGUAUGGGGUCAAAUAAAGGGAAACAGUGCUCUGGUUUUCCAGCUUAGCAACUGGAAAAGUGUUAAAAUUCUUAUGCCAUCCGCAGAACCAGCAACAUUAAAUUCAAAGUGACUCCUGCUUAUUCAGUAAAAGUUUCCAAUUGCUCCUAUCGGGAAACACAUUACCUCUCCAUUAUUCAGCAAUGUUGAACUUGCCCGAGGUGCUUGGUUGAGAUUCAGAGCUGAUAAUACGACAAGAAAAAAAGAGAUGGUAUGGAAGCUCAGAUCUACAACAAUACGUUCAGCAAGCUACAGUGAGGGUAGGAAAACCUUAAAGCUCUAGAAAGUUCCAACAAAUUAUGAUUAAUGGCACCACUUUUCUUUUCAAUGAGAGGACUUUCCCUAGAUUGUGACUAUAGCUUCUGAGCUGUGCUCGAGCCCUUAAUUCUGCUAUAAGAAUAAUAUUACUGCAAUGAAACAACUUUUCCUUGUUUUCGCCAGCUUUCUUCAUCUCCCUCUUUAAAAACACUAAAGGUUUCUUCCUGCUGGUGGGGUUGAUGUCAGUGGUAGGGAAAGAGGGUGGUAGUUGAGUGAAUCAAAGCAUUGUUUAAAGCAGGAUCUCAUUUGCUGAAUACUGACGGAGAAAUGGAAAAGGGUUGAGAUUGGGUAUUAAAUAUUUUUCUGUCAUGUGGCAACAAAGGUGAAAGGCAUAUAAUCUCCAAUGACGACACAGAAGCCGUGAUUUUUUAAAAAAUGGGAAUUCACAGAAACUAUGAAUAAACUGGAGUCAAAUUGAAAAUGGUAACAGCUGAAGGGUGGAUUAACACAUUGCACUGUAGGAAUCAAUUCAUGCAGUAACAAACAACACAGUGGCCUCUCUCACCAUCUCAGAAAUCUUGACAGAGUGAAGUAACUACACCUUCUUUUGAGGGGUCAGCUGAUGCCUGAACUGCAAAUGUAUUCCUGGGUUUACACUGCAUAUUGCUUCCCAGGGGCUGGUGAUAGCACUUGACACUUACAUUUGGAAAGCUGGGCAUCCCUUUUAAUAAAAUGGUUGUGUUAACUGCCUCUGGUGCAGACAGUGGGGAAGAGAAACUGUCACUUCUCAUCUAGUGCUCAUGCAGAAAGAUCCAACUGCUAUACCACAGAGAGAUGGACUCAGGAGAAAGAGAGCAGACCUUUGACUGUGAAUGCAUUAGAAACACAAAACAGAAUACACUUCUGAGGAUUAUUGGAUUUUGUGAUCAUUUAUUUUUAUAACUGUAAAAAUAUCAAUAUCAAGCAGGCGGAAGAUGCUGAGGAAGGUAGACACAAGAGCUAACAGAGUUAAAGUGAUAAACAGCCAGACAAAAAAUAUUGAAAGACAUAAAGAUGUAAUAAGUGCAUGUGGAAGACUAUAUCCACAACACUUGCAUCUUCUCAUGAAUAGGCUGCAGGGCAUUAGUGUUAUUAGUGUUAUGAAUGCUCCAGUGCUAUGUCAGUACAAGCUCCAGCAUGGGCUUUUGAUGACUUUUCAUUUUAGAUGAGUUACUGACUCCAUUAAAACAGCACAAAGAGAGAGGCCACACAAACACAUUAAGUGGUCACUUUCCACUAUUUCCCAGCAGCAAUAAGUACUCUCUAAAGUUGUCAAUUUUUAAAAUUUUUGACUAAUGAUGGAUUCUUCUUUAUAAUGUUCAAUAGUCCUAACUUUUGUAGGUACAAGAUUCAAAGAUCAUGACUGUUUUACAGAAUAGUUUAAGUUCUUGAAAUUAUGCCACGAUAUACUAAUGUAUGACGACAACUCAUUUUGUCCAAAAUUUUUAUCUGCACUAUUUAAUUGAGAAGUUAACUUGUUUAAAUUAAAUGAAUUACCAUUUCCUAUAUUAGGUAAUGGAUGAGUUCCAGUUGAUUGUGUUAAGUAUGCAUUUGUAAAUUAUUAUUCUAUGGCUUAAUUUCAGGGCAUAGGUGGCUAAAUCACCAGCUCCUUUAUAUAUCUAUAACAACAACAUAUUGAUAACAAACAUAAAGUGUAUAUUAUUAACUUGUAACUUAUCAUUGUAAAUUAGCAUUCAGGCCGUAUUACAAUUGGCCAUCUUCUGUGUUGUAAAAUUCUACAAUUUCUAUUCAAUGAAUUCAUUAAUUUACACGCAGCGUUCUAUUUCUUGAAAAUGCGACAGCCCAGAACCUGGAAUUUGCACCAGGAGAAAAGAAAUUGUAAUUUCACCUGUGGGGUAUCUAAUUAUUCUCAAAAAUGUUUGAAAAUAUUUGUUAUGCGUUUACAUCAAAUGCAAUUCAUUGUAACUUUCUUGGAUAAUAAGAAAUACUGGUCCAUGUCACUUGGUGACCCUUGACCUGGAAGUACCAACUAUUAUGAUAUGGAUGCUGUGUGGCCAAACACAAAAGAAAGCUCAAAGGAGGUACAGGAUGAAAGCUCAGAUGCAGACACAAAGAGAAAGACAGAAGUAUGAGCUCUUGUGACAAGCAAAUCACUCUCAGGAAGAGGCCAGUUUUUCUCUUUAAUUGUCAGAAAAUAGAAAAAAGCAACAGCCCUUGGAGUUACUGUAUAAGGUAACUUUAAAAAAAAACCUGGAAAACUAUGUGAAUAGGUUACAAUUACUGAAGAGAAUGGUGUUAUCCCAGAGGAGACAAAACCAUAAACCAGGGUGUUAGUCAUUGGUCAACUGAAAAUAAACUUUGGAAACCUACAAUGGCAGCACUAUUCUUACUGGAGGGAGACAGCGCGAGAGAGAGAGAGAGAGAGAGAGAGCGAGAGAGAGAGCAAGAGACAGAGAAUGUGCCUUGAAAAUGACAACCACCCCUGUGAAAUUCAAGGAAGGAUGAUAUUGGAAAAGACUACUUUUGAACCCUGGGGACUGAUGCAAGUGCCUGUAAUUGUAUAAGAGAUAUCUUUGUUGUAUUAAAUAUUGAA